AAGAAGAAACAUCAGGCUGAAGGGGUACUUUACUGGGAUGACGGCGAGAGUGUGGUCGAAUCAUUCGCUACACAUAAUUUCUAUCACUGGUCAUUCAAGUACACCACGAGUACCACCGGCGGACGUUUGACAAUCAAAACGGAACGACAAGCUAAAUUCCUGGCCGUUCCCACGCUCGAUUUAAUAGAGAUCUUUCAUUACAAGUAUUUCGCAAACUUCACGAGUUUCAAGCUAGAUGGUAAAAAGAUCGACGUCGAUCUCAAAACAUCGUAUCAUGACAAUACCAAGGACAUUUUAUAUAUUUCUGCGAAAAAAUUAAUUGACUUGUCAAAGGGAGGCACUAGGAACUUCUCCUGGAGUCAUUCAGAUAAAAAAGUAGAGUCGCCGAAUGAGAGAAGUUCCGAAUCGCCCACUGAGAGUACGGAAUCGCCCUAUGAGAGGGGUUCGGAGGGGAAUGGAAAACGUAACCGCACAAAAGUGCAUGUGGUAGAAGAGAAAUCAUGGAAAGUCAAAAUUGAUGUUUACCCUUAA